CGACAAUAGCUCCUGUUUCAUUACGACCUGGGGGCGGGACUCUAGAGCGUGCGUCAUCGUUCUGCGCCAGUCUGAAGCAAAGAAGGAAGGAGAAGAGAGAGGAAGGCUGACCUGCGGCCGGAGGAGGCUUCGGAGCCAAGAUGGGGGGAGGCGACCUGAACUUGAAGAAAAGCUGGCAUCCACAAACCUUGCGUAACGUGGAAAAGGUUUGGAAGGCAGAACAGAAACAUGAAGCCGAACGCAAGAAAAUCGAGGAACUCCAGCGGGAGCUGCAUGAGGAGCGAGCACGAGAAGAAAUGCAACGUUAUGCAGAGGAUGUGGGCGCAGUCAAGAAAAAAGAUGAGAAGCUAGAAUGGAUGUACCAAGGACCCGGAGGCAUGGUGAACAGAGAGGAAUACCUUAUGGGCCGCCCAGUUGACAAGUAUGUGUUUGAGCCAAUGGAAGACAAGGAGGGAGGCUGUUCCUCUGAGACUGGCCUUCUGCCAGGCUCCAUCUUUGCCCCUACGGGUGCCAACUCUGCCUUGGAUAUGGCCAGCAAGAUCCGAGAAGACCCACUUUUCAUGAUAAGGAAGAGGGAGGAGGAAAAGAAACGUGAAGUCCUGAACAAUCCAGUAAAAAUGAAGAAGAUCAAAGAAUUGCUGCAAAGCAGUUUGGAUAAGAAGAAAAAGAAGAAGAAAAAGGAUAAGAAAAAGAAACACAAGAAGCAUAGGCACCACAGUCCUAGUAGCAGCGAUGAUGAGCAGAACAAAAUUAGGUCACGAGAAAAAAUGGACAACUCUCCAGAAACAUUUCACUCCAGGAUGCCAGAGUAUGGCUUGCAGAUUCGAGGUAACGGUCAUGACAAGGUGCUUUCGCAUAAGCUACAACAGAGGAGUAUGUCAAAAAGCCAAUGCCUAUCACCAGAGAGGCACUCUAGCAAGAAAGCUCAAUAUGAGGUGGAGCAGAGCAGUCGCAGGAGGUCAAGAUCACCUAGAGACAAUAAACAGCACAACAGCAGGGACCAGAAGACAAAAGCAGGAGGGAGGAGUCUUUCUCCUAAAAGAGAAAGCUACAGAAGGCAACAAAUCUCAAGCAGAAAACUCACAGCAGAAGAACUGGAGAAGAAACGGAAAGAAAUGAUAGAGAAUGCUAAGUGGCGGGAAGAGGAAAGGGCGACCAAUGUGCACAGACAUAGAAAAGAAGAGGAACGAGAGCGAGCCCUGGAGAAACUUGGCCGGAAUGAUGGGAAGUUUAUACACCAUAUGAAGCUGGAGAGUGCAUCUACUUCCUCUCUUGAAGAUCGAGUCAAAAGGAACAUUCACUCCAUUCAAAGGACUGCAGCUGCCUUGGAAAAGAAUUUCAUGCAGAGAUGAGAUUCACUUUUUUCUUCAUGAGACCCUUGAGAACUUGCAUUUGAGGCAUGCUUUUUUAACCUCAAAGGAAUGAGAGAAACAGAAAAACUGACCAUGAGACUUUCACAGCCUUUGAUCAGCUUUCUUUUCUCUGUGAGAGAUGUGAGAGCAAUGAACGACAGUUCAUUGCAAUGCAUUGCUACAAAGACAGUUCUAAAAUACACGAACUUGGUGUUUAAAAAUUCUCUAGGUGGCUUUUUUUGUUUAACUUGGUGUGCUCAUUAGCCAUUUUAGCAGAACCUGUGUCUUUUAUUUGAUGCACCAUAAUUUCCCCAUAGUGUGGAAGGGCUUCAGGAUUUAGACAUAGGAGUAUGAAAUAAUGCAAGUUGCUGCCUCAUAUGUUCACAUCCACAAUAGACAUCAGUAGUAAGAAGGAGGGCAAGAAAAUGAGAAAAAUAACCGCCGCCGCCCCCCCCCCCCCCAAAAAAAACUAGCAUUUUAUUAUUUGAUAUUCCCAAAUAUCAAAUAAGGAAUCAUUUAGGAAUAGCUUAGGGCAGCUGGUGUUUGGACAGGUCCAGACUGACAGUGAGAUCCAUUGAAGAAUGCAAAAGCUCAUUUUCUGUCUUCCUGGCUUGUUUUUCUCUAUUCUUCAAGAACGGUGUUUCCUUCAGCCCAGUCACUGCUUACAACCUUUAAACAAGGUUUUUGACACAUAUCUAAUACUACAGAACCAGUAGCUCCUUUUUAAAAAAUGGGAAAUGUAUUUGUGUUUUAUGAAGACUUCUCUGUGUAGACACAAAACAAUUUUUUGAAAUAGACAUGCAUACUUUAGGGAGAAAAAGCAAAAAGUAACUUUGGGUCCAAUAGAACUUUAAUACAGCAUUAUUCUGUAUAUAUUUUCUUUGGUAAUGUUGUAAAUAUUGAACUUUGUAUAUCUGUGUGGCAUUUAUUAUAAUGCAUUUGAAGCAGCCAAUGUGUUUGUAUCAUUAAGAAGAGGUUUAUGUUAUAGGCUAGAGCUUUUCCAACUGUGUCACUGAGUUGGCUGCAGUGCGUAGGUGGUCGUGCGUAUGUGAUGAAAAAGGAGAAAAAAUCUUGGAAAUCCAUGUUAUCUUCCAAAUCAUAUAUUUUUAAAAACAUAAAAUGAAAGGUUUUCACAAGA